AUGGGAUCUCAAUGUUGUUCUGCUCCCUAAAAGCAAUAAACCAUCGAAUUGAUCAUAGAUGUCAAGGGAAGUUUUCACUCUUAAAGACUAAAAAACCUUAAUAGCAAUAAAAUCAUUGCGCAAUAUUGCAAUGAAGAGGUAAAAGUCCAUGAGGAGAGUUUCGAACUGAUGGGAAUUAGUCCUUAACUUGUUUUAGGUGGAGAAGACAAAGGUCCAGAAUAAAGGAAGGCGUUAGUGCAGUAAGAUGAAAGUAAAAAUUACACAUUUAUAUUGAGAAUCUUUAAAGAAGGGCGAAAAGAGGAAAUAGUCGGUGUCAUCGGUCGGAUCUUUAAAACUUGGAGUGGAGGUUUUUGUGAAUCUCAAAUAAGGGAGCAUUCACAAAUAUUAUGAAACAGGAGAGGUUUUAGGAGAAGGAGCCUAUGGGAAGGUUUGGAAGGUGACUCAUAAGAACAGUGGUAAGAAAUGUGUUUGAUAAAAAAGGGAUGGUGAGAGCAAUGAAACAACUUAAGAAAAGUUCUUUAAUACUUGAAGAAUAAUAGAGACUUUUUGCAGAGAUGAAUAUACUAAGAAAUUUGGAUCAUCCUCACAUAGUUAAAUUAUAUGAACUAUACUAAGAUGAGUAGAAUUACUAUUUGAUUACAGAGUAUCUGUCUGGAGGAGAGUUAUUUGACAGGAUAAAGAAGAUGAGUUACUUUAGUGAAAGAAAGGCUGCAUCUUUUAUGAGAGACAUAUUGUCUGCUGUUGUUUAUUGUCAUGAAUAAAACAUAGUGCAUCGAGAUCUAAAACCAGAAAAUAUAUUAUUUGCUAAUGAAUCACUAAAUUCGACAUUAAAAAUAAUUGAUUUCGGAACAUCUAGAAAGUAUCAUGCUGAUAGAAAAAUGACCAAAAAACUUGGAACUGUACAUACUCAUUUAAUUAGUAUAGGCUUAUUACAUGGCUCCGGAAGUGAUGAGGAAAGAUUAUAACGAAAAAUGUGAUGUAUGGUCAUGUGGAAUAGUUUUGUAUAUUCUGCUUUGUGGAUAUCCUCCAUUCACUGGUGUAAACGAUAAACUAAUUAUGCAGAGAAUAAGUGAUGGCAAAAUCGUAUUUAAUGGUAAAUAACCUUCGAAAUACAGAGUAGAUAAUGAUUGGGCCUUGAUUUCAAAGGAAGCAAAAACUCUUAUCUCCAAAAUGCUUUAAGUGGAUCCCAAUUAAAGAAUCUCAGCCAAGUAAGCAUUAGCAGACUCUUGGAUAGACAAGCAUAAUUCAAAUGAGCAAGUUAAUCUAGUUGUAUUAUAAAAUUUACAGCGAUUUUAAGUAUCUUUUUUUAUAGUAACCAUUUAAUUAAGGCCAAAUCUGUGUUCUCUCAAGCAGUUCUUUCCUAUAUUUCUAGUUAGAUGACAAGUAAUCAAGAACAAGAAGAGCUAAUAAAAGCAUUUCAAAGUUUAGACAAAGAUUAAAAUGGAAUUUUAUCCAAAGAUGAACUCAUUGAAGGUUAUUCACUAGUAUUGAAAGAUAGAGAAUUGGCUAUACGAGAGGUUAAUAAGAUAUUACAUAUAGUCGAUCUAAAUCAAAGUGGGUAAGUAGACUUUUCAGGUAUUUCAAUAGAAUCUAUAUUUAAUUAUAGAAUUUUUGAUGGCUUCUAUGAAUUAGGAGAAUCUAGUGUCACUUGAGAAAGUGAAGGCAGCAUUUAAAAUGUUUGAUGCUAACAACGAUGGUAAAAUAUCAAAAGAAGAACUUGAAAUGAUGAUAGGCAACUUAGAGGACAAUCUAUGGCAACAAAUUCUAGUUGAAUGCAAAGCAGAAGAAGAAAUAACAGAAGAAGAAUUCAUAAAUAUACUACUUAAUUCGAAGCUUUGA